CAGCAGGCACUGGCAGGGAGCAUCACAGCCUUGCCAGCAGGUCGAAAACGUCUCUAAUCGUUGUGACAAGAUCAAUAUAACAACAGAAUGACGGCUACACAGCAGAGGUUGAUCCCUCACUGCCGCACAGACCGAAAGCCAGACCUCCACAAUACCCGCAUACUUACAAAGACAGCAUGGGUAAGCAGAACAGCAAGCUGACCCCGGAGGUGAUGGAGGACCUGGUGAAGAAUACGGAGUUUAACGAGCACGAGCUGAAGCAGUGGUACAAAGGCUUCCUGAAGGACUGCCCCAGCGGACGCCUCAACCUCGACGAGUUCCAGCAGCUCUACGUCAAGUUCUUCCCGUACGGUGACGCCUCCAAGUUUGCCCAGCACGCCUUCCGCACCUUCGACAAGAACAGCGACGGCACCAUCGACUUCCGGGAGUUCAUCUGCGCGCUGUCCAUCACCUCGCGAGGCAGCUUCGAGCAGAAGCUCAACUGGGCCUUCAACAUGUACGACCUGGACGGAGAUGGCAAGAUCACGCGCGUGGAGAUGCUGGAGAUCAUCGAGGCCAUCUACAAGAUGGUGGGCACGGUGAUCAUGAUGAAGAUGAACGAGGACGGUCUGACGCCGGAGCAGCGCGUGGACAAGAUCUUCAGCAAGAUGGACAAGAACAACGACGACCAGAUCUCCCUGGAGGAGUUCAAGGAGGCGGCCAAGAGUGACCCCUCCAUCGUGCUGCUGCUGCAGUGCGACCUGCAGAAGUGAGCCGCGCCCCAGCCAGCCCUCAGCCGAAAGAAACCCACACGACACCACCACCCCUCCCUCCCUUACCCACCUCCCUCCCUAACUCACCUGGGAGGAAGAGAGUGUAUGACACAGAGCGAGAGAGCGAGAGAGAUGAAAAGGCGAAGGUGCCAUGGACUGCACAGAUGAUUAAUGUUCCAUUCAGUUCGCAGCUAUUUCCACAAAAGAAAAAAAAACAGAUAAAAAGAAAAAAUAUAUAUAAUUAUUAUAAUAAUAUGCUUGGACUACCUUUCAACGGAAUCCGCUUCUUGUGUUUGAAACACUCGUGUGCAUGAGAAUGUUCUUUGCUGAUGAAUAUUUGCCACACAACAGUUGUCCCACACCGACACACACACACACACACAGACACACACACACUCGUUGCACAACACAACAGUGCAGACACAACAUCACCAUACACAUUUUGCACACACAAAAAAAUAUAUAUUAUAUAUAUAUAGUUCUAUAAAUAUUAUAAAUAUAUACUAACUAAUUAAAAAUCAACUGCCAAAAUGUGAACAGUGUGCAAAGUACUUCCCAUAGAGUCCCAUUGCACUGUCGCUUGCGCAUCAGUGAUGUGCCAUGAUGUUGAAUAAAGCUACUAUUUAUUGUUCAAGUUUACUGACGCUAGCUGCACUACUGUAUGUACGUGCUUCAUUUUCACUGUAAUGGUGGUGGCCAAGAACUCUAACCUCCAACUAAUGGCCCUCCAAUUAUGCGAUUGAUGAAUUAACAAUAUAGUUCACUCCACCCCAGGUCCUGUUGAGAAUUUUAGAUUUGAAGAGGUUUGAACCUUAGACUGGGGUAGCCUACAGAUUUUAACCACAUACUGGGUUAGGGUCUGUAUGCACCCAACUCAAAAAUGUGAUUGUAACAUUGGUGAUAAAUGUUUUUUUUAUUAUAAUUAUUAUUAUAAUUAUUUACUUUUUUGCAUGCUGUUAAGUUGUUUUGCCUUAUGAAGAAAUUACACUUUAAUGUCCAAAAACUGAUUAGAAAAACGCCUUACUGGGGAGAGAUGCAGCUGAUAAUUGGAUAUUUGCAAACAGAACAGGACACUGUUGUUUUGCGCUAGGUAACAACACUGCAUUAUGAAGUGUAGACCUGUGUUUUUUUUCUUGAUUUUAAUUAUUACUAUUAUUUUUUAUUAAUCCCCCCCCUUCCCCAUACCUGUGAAAGCAUGUUUGUGUUCAAAGGCGUGUAUACAAGUGUUGGUUAUGACCUUAAGAGCAAUUUGCCAAUUUCAAUCCCUCUUUUUGUAAAAGUCCUGAAACAUUAACUGCAGAAGAUAAACAGGUAAACGUAUACAGUACACAGAAGCAUGACAUGAAUUGGCUCAAUGUGUCUUUUCAUCCACAAAGAAGUAACCUUUCUACCUAUAGUGUGUCACGUGGUCUUGUGAAAAUCAAAAGCAACUGAGUUUCCACUGCCUUGUGUUGUUCCUUCUGUAAGUCUCUUCUGACCACACGUGUACUCAGCGCUCAGCACACUUUGCAUAUCAGAGUGAAAAGGGGAAAAAUAAAAUAACUACUGUACUCUGGCCCUGAAUGGAAGGGGGAUGAAAGUGAGAGAAACGUCGUUGUAAUUCUCUUCUAUCCUACUCCCUUCUGGCACAAAACAUGACCGUUGGGGCAUCAGUGGUACUCGUUACAUUGAGGUACGGGUUGCAGUAGCCUACACAUAGACAUUACUGUAGCGUUCAAGCACUGACGCACAGCACACACAGAGUCAAAGAUGAUCGCAUCCCUACUGUACGCAUAGAAGCCGUUAACAAUGCAUCAUGUGACGUGAUGUGAUGUGAACUUGGUUUGUAGGCCAGUAGAUCAGACAAGGAGAUGAUGAAAUAAGACAUUUUGCCAAGUGUUACUGUAUCUUCAGCUUAACGUAACUUCUACUCUUCUAUUUUUGCCUUUGCACCUUUCCAGCAAUUUUCUAUUGCCAUUCUCGGGGUCCCGUGCGUGCGUGCGUGUAUGCUUGCUUGUUUGUCCUGUCCCUGCCUGUUUGUCAGAGGAGAAGGCGGCACCCUUUUGUGUCUUAGCUUAUGGAUGUUGAUGCCAAACAUCUACCGGUAUGUAGUAUUGGAGCUUGCAGCUCUCCUGCCUAGUCCAACAACUUUCCUGACGACUGGACAAACAACAUAUACACUGUUAAUUCACCAAGACAAGCCAGUCAGACAGAAACACAGACAGACAGACAGACGCAUUUACAAUUAUUGCCCAACAUACAGUAAGCAACAUUGUGGGGUUUUUUGUUGUUGUUUUUUUUCAAAUGAGAAACCACGUUUUCAGGAUGCGGCCCAUGAUGAAUUUAAAGACUUGCCACAUUGCAUUAUCCAAAUCAAGUAUGAAUACAUCUACACUGUAUUACUUGCACUGAAUUGUUAUCAGAUUCCAGAUUGUGGCAAGCAACUGUUGGCAACUGUUAACAAAGAUAAUGUCAAGACUUCUUUUUGUACAUGUAGCAUGUAUUGUCCCCCCCGAUGGUCUGGCUGCACUACUCCUUGUGUUGUGAUUUCAGCUAAUAAAACACGUACAGGACGUUU